AUGUGGCGCUCUUCACCACGCAUCGCGCCCCUUCCCUGCCGACUGGGUCGAGGCGCAAUGUCGAGCCGCCGAGCAAGCCUCGACGACAAAAUCCAGCCGACGCCCGUCUUGGGCGACUUUGUCGGCUGGACGCCGUGCAAGCUCGCGCGCGACUACGUCUAUCCGGAGCUGUUCGAGAAGCGGACGACGUAUGCGUUCGUCUCGUUUGUCGUGCUUGACGACCGGUCCCACGAGGAUGGCAAGUUUGUCAUCGUCGGCGUCCACCCGGACUCGUACAAGGGCACGCGGCUUGAACUCGAAGCGACGGCGAGGAUGGACGUGGAGUCUGCCGUUGAAAUGCCCAUCAACUUCCAUGACGACAAUCAAGGCAUCUUGGCCUACUGCGAGGCUAAGCCCUACGAUAACGAUGCCGGGCGAAACUCGGCUUUGGCCGCAGAGCGCGAAGGAAGGCAAAUGUCCGGUUGA